UAGACCUCUAAAAUUUUUCAAAUAUAUUUUUCUAUAUCGACUUAGUCGGUUCGUCAAUAAACACAAAUAAUUCAACGUUGCAUAUAUACGCCGAUAUAUUGCGAGUGGUAAAGAGAUGUGAUUUUUUUUUCAUUCAAUUUAAUUUUUUUGUAUUUUCAAUAAUUUUCCUCAUUCAAUUGAUUUUUUAAUGAAAUACAUCUGAAUUUUUGUACCCAAUUUUCUCUUGUUUGUCUGUGUUUGUGUGUAUAUAAUUGACCUAGUUUGUUGUGAAGGGUGAACACUAAACGAACAUAAAUAUUCAACAAGGUCAACAAACCUGGUGUUUUUUUGUACAUUUGAAUUUCAAAAACUUCAUUUUUUUUUAUUUGAAAAUGUUAUCCGAUACACAAAAAAUUGGCCUUGGUCUUUCCGGUUUUGGUAUCGCAUUCCUUAUGCUGGGAACAUUAAUGUUAUUCGAUAAAGGUUUAUUGGCCGUCGGUAAUCUUCUAUUCAUAUCUGGUCUUGCAUUCAUCAUUGGUCUUGAACGCACAUUUUGGUUCUUUUUUCAACGCCACAAAUGGAAAGCAUCGACAUCAUUUUUUUCCGGCAUUAUAAUCGUUUUAUUUGGUUGGCCAAUCAUCGGCAUGAUACUCGAAUCAUAUGGAUUUUUACUAUUAUUCCGUGGAUUUAUUCCGGCUACAAUUGCAUUCCUAUCACGUGUGCCUGUCGUUGGUUUUAUACUUAAUAUGCCCAUCAUACGAACCAUUGUGAAUGCAUUAAGCUCACAGACUGGACAGACUUGAUGGAUCGGAUACCAGUCAAAACACCACUUCGAAGGACCAUCGAAUCAAUCAACAUUCGUUUGUUUGUUGUUGCUUGUAGAAUUC